UUAUUUUGAUAGAGCAUUCCCGGAGCAAACUUUCUCUUAGUUGUCUUUUUCCGCUGACCGGUUUUCACUUAAUUAAACUGUUUUUGAGCGCUUUUUCAUGUCGUCAUGUCUCGGGGCUCAAGUGCGGGGUUUGACCGUCAUAUCACCAUCUUCUCUCCGGAGGGGAGACUCUACCAAGUCGAGUACGCCUUCAAAGCAAUCAACCAGGGAGGACUGACCUCUGUAGCAGUCAGAGGGAAGGACUGUGCCGUGGUCGUCACCCAGAAGAAAAUCCCAGACAAGCUGCUAGAUGCCGAGACAGUCACACAUCUAUUCAAAAUAACAGAGAACACUGGGUGUGUAAUGACCGGCAUGACGGCUGACAGCAGGUCUCAGGUACAAAGAGCCAGAUAUGAAGCAUCCAACUGGAUGUACAAGUACGGCUAUGAGAUCCCUGUUAGCAUGCUGUGCAAACGCUUGGCUGACAUCUCUCAAGUCUACACACAGAAUGCUGAGAUGAGGCCGCUAGGAUGCUGCAUGUUGGUGGUGGGAGUGGAUGAAGAAGUGGGUCUGCAGCUGUUUAAGUGCGAUCCUGCCGGCUACUACUGCGGUUUCAAGGCCACUGCAGCUGGAGUGAAACAGACAGAAGCCAUCAGCUUCCUGGAGAAGAAAGUCAAGAAGAAACCGGACUGGAGCUAUGAACAGACCAUAGAAACGGCUAUCUCAUGUCUGUCCACUGUCCUGUCCAUCGACUUCAAGCCCUCAGAGUUGGAAGUGGGGGUUGUCUCCACCAAAGAACCGCGAUUCAAGAUUCUCUCAGAGUCUGAGAUUGACACUCACCUGGUGGCUUUGUCAGAGCGAGAGUGAGACAGUCAAGUGAUGGAAUCUUCCACAAGAUGAACACUUUACUGGGUUGAAUAUGUAACCCACUUGUUUUUUCUUCUUCUUUUUUUUCUGUGUUUAUCCAAGACUGGACAAAAUAUUCCCAUAUUCUUCAACCAAUCCCACCUUGGCAUUCUUACAGAAGCUACCUUAUCUUGCGUUUUCCAUUUUCAUCUUCACUUGUAAACAAUUCUUCUUCACUAUCUUUACUCAGGGUGAAUAACAAUAUGGCGCCUCUGAGCCUCAACUCCUCUGCUUUUUUUGCAGUGCCAGGUUGGUGUUUCUAAUCCAAUAUAUUUAGUAAUACAGCAGGGAAUAGAUGAUUUAUCCUACCAAACAUGUCUGCUAUGGUCAACCUCAGCAGGAACUCACAAAUUACUUCAUGCCGGAGUUUUCCUUUUCUGUGCCUGGAACCUUGGCUGCCUUAGUCUUUAUAACAAUCUGACAGCAUGCAAAUUAUUUACUAUUGGUGCUUUUGGAGCAGAGUUCUUCUUUAUGUUUGUAAAUGGAAACUUGGAACUUAAUUUCUCAAUGUUUUUCUUAUUCUUGAAAUAAAUGUGUUUAGGAAUUUGAA